CUCAAGGUGGUCGAGGGCGGGCAAUAAAAUAGCCAGACCGAAAGCGAAGCCCUGCAAAUAAUCGGGUGGAGAGUUAUCUGAAGUAGAGAGAAGAAAGGGAAUGGAAGUUUGCGAGGGAGAUGAUGCGAGAGGCGAGGAAGCCAUGGACGUCGAUGGCGGCUCGAGGUCGGCGAAACUCGUCGAUCUCCUUCGAAGGUUUCUCGGAAUCCAGCAGAGGAGAGCAGAAGCUUACGCAAAGCUACAAAGGGGGUUUUCUGAAUAUAUGACCAAUGGAGGAGAGUUGGCUUACCAAAACCUUUGUGGGGAGAUUACAGCAGAGUUCAAUGAUUGUUCAAAACAGGUUCUAGAAAUGGAAUCACUGCUUUUGAUGCCAGAUCUCUAUCGUGACGACCUUGCUGGCCUUCUAAGGGCUGUUCAGGAACAAGAAAAACAAAAACUGCAUUUGGAUCAUAAUACUACAUAUUUUCUUACGACAGCGAGGAUUCAGAUCUUAAAGAAAGCCGGUCGACCCUCAGAGCGUCUGGUGAGCCAUGAGCACUGCCGGUUUGACCAGCCACAACAGCAUGAGUGUGUGCAUGUCCGCAAGAUAACAGAAGCUGCUGGAACUGAGGAUGCUGAAGCUGAUGCAGAGUAUGAUGGUGCUCUCAAGGAAGCCAUCCGUGGUGUCCAGGAUGCAGUGACCAGCAUAAAUGAUCAUCUGGAGGAGAUCCGCUAUGAGAUUGAGGCUCUUGAAUCAGUAUAGUUGCUGGACUAUGCAUAAUAAACUUAAAUCCAUCCGUCUCUGGCCUCACUGAAUCUGGAAAUGCUUCAGCUAUAUUUUAAGUGCAGGCUUACGGAAGAAUGUAGAGAAGGAUGCAUUUUCUUAAAUACGAGUCUAUGUGAUUAUAAUAUGAUUGGUUUUCUGCAGAUGAAAAUGGCUAUUGUACGUUAAACUUAUGCUUCUCCGGUGCCUGUUUGUUGUUUUUGACCUCGAGAGAGUUCAAACGCAACAGAGAAAAGAUUGAAUUUUGUGCUGAAUGACAUUAAAUCUCAAACAUGAUGUGUUCUGUGGACA